AUGGAAGCAGACGGAGACUCAGACUCCCCAACUUUUUGGACACAGUCCCCCACCGUCUUCCGCCGUCAACCACCGUCUCCGAUCUUCAAUCCCGUGGUUCUCAUCUUGCUCGUCCCCAUUCUGACAUUGCUCGUCGUCUUCUUUCUGCUUCCUCCCUUUCUCUCGCACGCUUCCCAGUUGCUCAGACCUAACGCCGUGAAGAAGAGCUGGGAUUCGAUUAAUGUGUUGCUUGUAGUUUUCGCCAUUCUUUGCGGUGUUUUUGCACGUAAGAACGACGACGUUUCGGCUUCCCGUAAUGAAGAUGAUGAUGUGCGAGGGGAGGAGGGGAGGGGAAAUGCUUCCGGGCUAGGGUUCAGAGAAGUGUCGGGUUUUGAGUAUUCUGAUCCGAAGGCGCCGAUUGCGGUGCCGGAGACUGGAAUUAGCCGGUUACGGAGGAGCAGUAGCUCGUAUCCGGAUCUGAGGCAGGUGCCGGCACCGGAAACUGAGGACAACCGUUUCCGUUUUUAUGAUGAUUUUGAACUCAAUUUCUAUCGAUCAACGGCGGCGGCGGCGGCGGAGUAUGAUCGCCACCGUCCGCGGUGGAGUGAGGUGGAGAGGAAGGAGGAUGAGGUUAAGGUUAAGGUGAUUCCCGUGGAUACGGUUAAACUUCGUUCUUCCUCGAAUCCUCCACCACCUCCUCCGCCGUCGCAGAAGAAGCUGAAACGGAGAAGAUCGUUAAACAGUGUUUCAAGGAAGGGAGUUUUGAAUAUGCAAAGUAAUGAAACUGCGGCUGUAAAUCCUGUAAUUGUUGAAAACAGGCCUCCUCCUCCUCCACCACCUCCGCCUCCGCCGCCACCUCCACCAGCACCGCCGGCGGUGAGAGAACAUAUCCCCGAGGAGGAAAAGCCGCCAAAACUUCAGCGGAAAAAGAGCGGCGCGAAGAAUGAAAUAGCAACGGCCAUAGCUUCUUUUUACAAUCAGAGAAAGAGGAAACAGAGAACAAAAACUAGAAACAUUUACGAGUCUGCCCCUGCCUCUGAACACUCUCCGUCAUUUCCACAUUCACCGCAAACGCCACCUCCACCUCCUCCGCCUCCGCCUCCGCCGCCGCCUCCGCCGUCUAAGGUUUUCCACAAUCUGUUCAAAAAGAGCAGCAAAAGCAAGCGCGUACACUCUGUUUCAUCCAAUGCACCACCACCUCCUCCUCCGCCGCCGCCUCCGCCAAAAUCAAUUUUGAACAAUUUGUUCAAAUCAGGCGGCAAAAGUAAGCGAUUCAAUCAUCAAUCCUCAUCGGAUCCCCCACCGCCUCCUCCUCCUCUCCCGCCACGUUCCUCAAUAGUCAAUAGCUUUUUGAAAGCUGGAAACAUAAGCAGGCGAUUCAAAUCCCCAAGCUAUGCCUCUAAUCCGUCGCCGCCAUCAUAUCAUCACCAAACGCCAACUCAAUCUCCAUCAACGCCGCCGCCUCGGCGGCCAGUGACAGCUAGAAAGCCACCACUGCCUACAAAAACUCCGCGCAGUUACUACGACGAUAAUUUGAAUAGCGGUUCGCAAUCCCCGUUAAUUCCAGUGCCGCCUCCCCCGCUGCCGUUCGGAAUGCCGGAAAUGAGCUUCGUGCCGCGCGGAGAUUUCGUUCGAAUUCUUAGCAACCACGGGGAGUCCCGGUGCAGCUCGCCUGAGCUGGAAGACGUCGACGUGAUGUCAGUGAAAUCGGAGCAAAUCGACGGCGAGGACAUAAUCGGCCCGUCCGUUUGCCCGAGCCCGGAUGUUAACGUAAAAGCGGAGAGUUUCAUUGCUAGGCUCCGAGAUGAAUGGCGCAUGGAGCACAACAAUUCAUUGCGAGCAAAAGGAAAUCUGGGCUGA